AUGAAAGGCAAACAAGAAUUGAAGAUACCAACACCAAGACAUCUCCUCUCCACCCCAACCGCCGCCAUCAGCCGCUCUUCCACCGCCAUGACGCCCAACUCCCCAACCGGAGCCGCCGCAGCCGUUAACAAUAAGUAUAAGCUUCACGGGAUGAUGUUCAAGUAUGGCCCAAAACCGAUUCAGGUUGCAUUUAAGAUAGGUAAUUUCAAGCAGCAAGUUGUUUUUGUUGGUGGAUUUAGAGAAGGAAUUUUGGCAACUGAAUACUUGGAGCCUCUGGCAAUUGCUUUAGAGAAGGAGCAUUGGUCGUUAGUUCAAUUCCUUUUUUCAUCUUCCUACAACGGAUAUGGCGUCUCCACCUUGAAACAAGAUGCCAAUGAACUUGAUCAACUCAUAAGUUAUUUAAUCGACAAUGAGGACUCCCAUGGUGUCAUCCUAUUAGGACACAGUCAUGGCUGUCAGGAUAUUGUAUUUUACUUGGAUAGUAAUGCAGCAUGGUCAAGAGCUGUUAGAGCAGUCAUUUUACAGGCUCCAAUUAGCGAUCGUGAACACUUCCAAGAGACUGGCUCCAUGAUUGAUCUAGCCGCAACUAUGAUCAAUCAAGGUCGACCGCAUGAUUUUAUGCCGAGAAAAGCACAUCCACACGCUCCAAUCACGGCCUAUAGGUAUCACUCUUUAUGCACGAGGAAUGGUGAGGAUGAUAUGUUUAGUUCCGACUUGAGUGAUGAGGAGUUGAAGGAGAAGCUCGGGCACAUGUCCAAUACGCCUACCUUGGUCGUCUUCUCAAUGGCGGACGAGCAUGUGCCACAACACGUGAACAAACAAGAUUUUGGUGGCAGAUUAUGUAGAGCAUUGGGUGGAGCCGAGAUGGUUGAGAUUGAAAGUGGAAACCAUUCUCUCUCUGACUGGAUUAAGGAAGCCGUGCAGGCUAUAAUGGAGUUCGUCAAGAGGGACGGACUCAAAGGUUGCGAAGAUCCUUGGAGCUAAGCUCGUAAAUGGGUCGAAUCGAGUUGAGUCGAGUUAAGUCCGACUUCGUAUUUCUUUAAUUUUACUCCACAUGUGAUAUGUACAU